AUGGGUUUGGAGGCAAAUAUGACACCGGCCCCCGAACAACCACCGUCAACAGACGGUUUGGGCGACAACUUAGCACCCAAACGUGAAAACGAACAGGAUACUGAGCCGGAGCGUCCAAAAAAGAGGAUCAAUGGAGGCCUAGAUGCUUGGCUAAGCGUUCUUGCGGGUUUCUGUGUUUUCGUCAAUUCUUGGGGAAUCUUGACUACAUAUGGCGCCUUUCAAGAAUAUUACCAGACUGUUCUCCUACCGAAUGAAUCACCGUCAACAAUCUCUUGGGUGGGCAGUAUUCAAGCAACUCUGAUACCCAUGGUUGGCCUUGCAACAGGACCUUUAGUUGAUGUGGGAUACUUGCGUCCUCUGAUCAUAGCAGGAAGUUUCCUGACCGUCUUUGGAAUGAUGAUGACCAGUCUCGCAAGUUCUUAUUACCAGGUAUUGCUCGCGCAAGGAUUCUGCGUCGGAAUGGGAGGUGGUAUCUCCUACAUCCCAGCACUUGUCGUGAUUUCCACUAGCUUCACGACGAAGCGUCCUAUCGCUAUCGGCUUCGCAUCGAUCGGAUCCAGCGUUGGAGCUGUGAUUUUCCCUGUCAUGUUUCGUCAACUGCAGCCCAAGGUAGGGUUUGGAUGGGCUGUUCGCUCCAUCGGCUUCAUCUCCUUGUUUCUGGCUAUCAUUGCCUGCACAAUUCUGUGUCGACAGCCUGCUCAAAAGGCCCGUGCUAGAAGUCUGAUCGACUGGAAGGCUUUCCGUGAGCCUUCAUUCAUGAUGUUCUCCGUUUCACUCACCUGUGUCAUGCUCGCCUAUUACGUCCCGAUUUUCUACGUCGCCUCAUAUGCCCGCACUGUCGUCCACACAACUACCAGCCUUGGCUUUUAUAUGGUUGCAAUCGUGAACGGAUCAUCUGUCAUCGGACGUGUCGUCCCCUACCUACUCGUUGCAUACAUCAAACCAAUUGGAAUCUUGGUUUUCGCCGUGGCUGCCUCCGCCAUCGCCAUGUUCACUUGGAUAGCCGCGACCAGCAGCGCCGGCUUCAUCGUCUGGGCAUGUUACUGGGGAGCUCUCAGUGGUGUAUUGGUAACUGCACCUACGUCCAUCGUGGCGCAUCCGGUCUUCUGUCCUGAUCCCACCUUUUUGGGAACACGCCUGGGCAUGAUGUGGGGGAUAUCAUCUUUUGGUGCAUUGGCUGGAACUCCAAUUGCAGGUGCUUUGGUUAAUCUCGAAACAGCUGAGUUCCUGCGUGCGCAGAUAUUUGCUGGUUGUAUGAUGGUCGGUGCUGUUCUGUUGCAGCUUUGGCCGGCUUUCAAGGUUUUCCGAUAUGAUCGGGAAAAUCCUCGGAAAACAUAA